ACAUCUAACAACAUGGAUUCCAGACCAUCUCUGACCGAAGAUGAUUUCUCCUGUCCUGUGUGCUGUGACAUCUUCAGUGAGCCUUUGCUCCUGGCCUGCUCCCACAGCAUCUGUAAGCGCUGCCUGCACACCUUCUGGCAGCAGCGAGGGGUUCUAGAGUGUCCUAUCUGCAGGACCGUGUCCUCCAGCUCUGAGCCUCCGCUCAACAUCGUGCUGCACAACAUGUGUGAGGCGGUGCUGAGGGAGCGGAACCGGAGGAUGUCAGUGGAGAUGGAGGGGCUCUGUAGUAUACACCGUGAAUCUCUUUCUCUGUUCUGUGUAAAGGAUCAGAGGCCUCUCUGCACCAAGUGCAAGAACUCCAGAUUACACAGCAGGCACACCGUCUGCUCAAUACAAGAAGCUUCUCAAGACCUCAAGCAGGUACUCCAGAUGAAACUAAAGCCAUUAACUGAGAAGAUUAGAAUCUAUGAAGACUUCAAACAAUCCUGUGUUAAUACUAGCGUGCACAUUAAGAAGCAGAGCCAAAGCACAGAGACACUGAUCAGGAGGGAAUUCGCAAAGCUUCACCAGUUUCUCUGGCAUGAAGAGAAAACCAGAAUAGCUGCACUAAAAGACGAAGAGGAGCAGAGGAGUCAGGAAAUGAAGAAAAAGAUUGACAAGACCACAAUACAAAUAUCCAGUAUCUUGGACACCAUCAGUGUCAUUGAGAAACAGAUACAUGGAGAAGAUUUGCCAUUUUUACUGCACUAUAAUGAUUCACUUGAAAGAACUCAAGCGAAACUAGAAAAUCCAGAGAAAUUAUCUGGAGUUCUGAUCAAUGUAGCAAAGCAUCUGAGCAACUUGAGCUUCCAAGUUUCAGAGAAGAUGCACAACUUUGUACAAUACACUCCUGUUGCACUCGACCCCAACACUGCUCACGCUGGCCUCAUGGUGUCUGAUGAUCUGAUUACGGUGGAGUAUAAAGGCGACCUUCAGCAGCUUCCUGAAAACUCGGAGAGGUUCGAGGGCUAUGUGAGUGUCAUAGGCUCUGAGGGCUUUAAUUCAGGCAUACACUGGUGGGAUGUCGAGGUUGGAGACAACACAGCCUGGGCUGUGGGAAUCAUCUCAGAGUCUGUGUGUAAGCAGAGAGAGAACCUCUCACGGUUCGGUAUAUGGUAUAUAGGUUUCUCUAAUGGUAAAUAUGGUAAAGGAUAUGCACCAGAGAUCCUGACUCCACUCCGAGUUAACAAGGCAAUCCAAAGGAUAAGGGUUCAGGUGGACUUUGACAAAGGCAAGGUGAUCUUCAUUGACUCAGCCCAGAAUACCUGUUUGCACAUCUUCAAACAAUCGUUUAGAGAGAGAGUUUUCCCUUACUUUUACAGCCACUGCAGAAACCAUCCUCUGAGAAUAUUACCAGCAAAAUCCUCCAUGCCUAUUCAGAUUCAUGGUUAGAUAAUACCAGUCAACACUACACUCAGACAAUAUUUAAUAAAGGUGUGUUACUUUAAAUGGUAUUUUUGCUAGGUGCAUUGCAAAUGAACAGACUAUUCAACACAAAAAAGGUGUGUGUGUAUAUAUAUAUAUAUUGUGUGUCUGCUCAUGUGCUCAUCCAUUCAGUAAAUUUUGUAGCAAUAAAUCAUGUAGAAAUGGUUCGUGUUUUUGUGCAAAACAGUUUAAAAAGUCUACUCAGAAUGAAUCCUCCCCCCCAAAAUAAGUGGCAGUUCUGCAGGCAGGAAUUCCUUGUUGAUGAGAAAUGUCAAAAGAUAAUACCAGACCUGUUUAAGCAAGCAGGAAUGCUACUCUAACUUAAUUAACCACCCAUACAACCAAAAUGAGCAGAAAAGCAUUUUAGAAUGCACAGCAUGGUAAACCUUUGGGUGAAUAAAUUUUAACAGCAGGAUUCCAAAUUUUUUCAGCCGAGAGCAUGAUUUAGAGGGUAGAACCUAGACGUGCUGCCAUGCCAUUCAAAGCAGCAUUUGCUGGCAUACACACAAACACAUGUAGCUCUAAAGAUCUAUUUGGAAACCCGUGUUGGCAUUAAAUAUUGGAGUUAAAUUCAUUUAUUGGGCCAGAUGUACCACAAGGCCCUGAUUCAUUGAUGAGACCAAGCAGAAGAGUAUUCAGUGUUUUCUCUGAAACCAUAUUUAUCAUUUUGCUCUAUAUUAUUGAUAGAAAACAUAACAUUAUUGUGGUUAAUAGGUCUAAGCCUAAAAGCAUCUUUACUGUUUUCACUCUGAUGAGAAAAAUUUUAAUAAUCAAAUCAGACAAAUCAAUUUAUUAUUUUUGAAGUUGAAGACAAACCAUUCAUUUUUUUUUUCAAGUUUUAAUUAAGUGUCUUUUUGCUGUAAUCUGUAUAUUAUUUUACCUUGUGUGGAGCAGUCAUUGAUUACGACAUGUAAAUUUGUAACUUGUAAAAAAUAUCACUUGACUAUUCAUUUUCAAUAAACUGUUAAAGUCAAUAUUUGAUCAUAAAUCUUGUGUUAUGUAGUUUCUAAUCAUCUGUCAAGCCUAAUGGAGGCAGUAUUAUGGUACGGCCGGGAACAGC